UUAUAAGUAUCUCUCUUUCAUUCAACACAUCUCUCGUUGUACUAUUACAAUGUCCUUUACGGGAAAAGUUGUUCUGAUAACAGGGGCUAGUUCAGGAAUUGGAGCUGAAACAGCUAUUUAUCUAGCUCAGCUUGGUGCUUCGCUGUCAAUAACAGGACGUAAUAAGCACAAUUUAGAUAAAGUAGCUGAACAAUGUGGAAAAUCCAAACCUUUCAUUGUAUCGGGAGAUCUAGCCAAUGAGAACGAUGUGAAAAAUAUUAUCAAUUCGACAAUCAAACACUAUGGUAAAUUAGAUGUUUUAAUUAAUAACGCUGGAAUUGUUGAUAUUGGCACUAUAGAAACCUCAAGCUUGGAACAAUACGACAAUAUUAUGAAUGUAAACGUUCGCUCGGUAUUCCAAUUGACAGCACUAGCAGUGCCACAUUUAAUCAAAACAAAAGGCAACAUUGUAAACGUUUCUAGCUUAGCCGGAUUACGACCAGGAAAGGGUGUUCUGUCAUAUAGUAUGAGUAAAGCAGCUCUAGAUCAAUUUACGCGUUGCAUUGCUUUAGAAUUAGCAUCGCGACAGGUGCGAGUGAAUACCGUAAAUCCUGGUGUUGUAAUAACAAACAUCUUUCGGAAUUCUGGAAUGAACCAAGAGCAGUUAAAAAGCCUUUAUGAGCAGUUGGAAGGAGUACAUGCUUUAGGAAGAAACGGUGAUGCUUUGGAAGUUACAAAGGCUAUUACAUUUUUAGCAAGUGACAAUGCUAGUUUUAUAACAGGAGUGACAUUGCCUGUAGAUGGAGGUGGGCAUAUUAUGUAUGCUAAAAGUCCUUUUACAUCUAAAUAAUAGAUUAAACAAUAUAUGCGAG